AUGUACACCUUGAAAGCCUCAUUGAAAGAAAUGUACCGAAAUAAAGAUAUGAUUGCAGAAUAUGGGAAAAUCAGCAUUGCCAGGAUACAAUAUGAGCCUCAGACUGAUAUCCCUUCCGAUGUUGAAACAGAGCAGGACCGAGUUUUUUUCAUUAAGGCUGUUGCUCAGUUUAUGGCCACCAAAGCUCACAUAAAACUCAACACCAAGAAGCUUUACCAAGCCGAUGGCUAUGCUGUGAAGGAGCUGCUGAAGAUCACCACAGUGCUUUACAACGCCAUGAAGAGCAAAGGGAUGGAAACCACAGCUACGGGUGAAGAAGACGUUGGCAAAUUCAAAUUUGAUCUGGGUUCCAGAAUCAGCGAUUUGAAGACAGCCAGGCAGCUCGCUUCAGAAAUCACUUCGAAAGGAGCGUCUCUGUACGACUUGUUGGGCAAAGAAGUGAUGCUCAGGGAACUGAGAACAGAAGCAAUUGGAAGACCUCUUGAGAUCAACGAAACCGAGAAAGUGAUGAGCGUUGCCAUCAAAGACAUUUUGGAGCAAGUCCAGAAAACCAAUGACAUGCUCAACAACGUGGCUGCCGAUGAAGCCAGUUUGGAGGCCAAGAUCGAAAAGAGGAAAUCGGAGCUGGAGAGAAACCACAAGCGGUUGCAAACCCUGCAGAGUGUUCGGAAGCAGAAAAUACCCUGCGGCUGAUGCAAAAUAAGCUGAAGGAGGAAGAGAAACGUUUGCUGAAGAGUGGAAGUCACGAUGACUCAGACAUGGAGAUCCAUGAGGACGAAGGAUCGGACAGUGACCUGGAAGACCGGCAGCUGAUCAAGCAACACACAGCCAUGGAGAUGCUGAUGCACGGGCGGCCAAGCAAGCGGCUUGUUGGAACCAUGCAUGGGGGAGACACGGAGGACGAGAUCGGGGCAGCCCAAGCCCGAACCAAAAUGCGCAAAGCUUCCCGAGCCAAGGCGAAGGAAGACUCAGAGGAAAGUGAAAUUGACCUGGAUGAUGAUGACGAUGACGACGACGAUGAUUUGGAAGAUGACAGCAUGGACAUCUCCCCCACCAAGGCCAAUCGGAGAGUCAGGAAGCCGGAGCCACUGGAGGAGAGCGAUAAUGAUUUCUGAGGAACCUCAACCAGGAUGACGAAUGACAACUUGCCCAUGACUAUCCGUGUGAUGAGGCUAUGUUGAGGCAGGGCAAGCUGUCCAAGAGAGUGAUGAUAUAUAUAUAUGUAUUGUGUCACAAACCCUGGCAUACCUAAAUAUGGGAGGGAGCAUACUGCUUCCCUUUU